AUGGAUUAGGAUUAUUUUUAUCUCUAUCAAUCAAUAUAUACCUCAAAAUUUUAGAACUGCAAUUAAUUUUUAUUUGCGGGAUGGUUUAAGAUUAAAGAAAUAAUUCAAAGCGAUUAAGAAAUGACAUUUUAAUUUAUUAAAUUGACUUCAAAUAUGUAGAAUAAUUAAUUGUAAAAUUAAAAUCUCUCUCCUUUAUAAUUAUUUUACAAACUUUAAUAAAAUCUCAAUAAAAUAAUUAUUACAACUUAUAGUUAUACAAUUCCAUCAGUUAGCUUAGAUUUUACAAACGAUCCUUUUUUAAUAAUCACAGAAUUCCAGAUUUCGAACAAUAUAUAAUUAUGGCAUCUACUGUAUGUAAAGAUGAUAGAAGAUACUUUGGAUAUUAGUAUCAAUUUUUUUGAGAAUCGGUAAGCUUAUGAGUACAAGACACAAAUAAUAGUUAAGCAAUUUCAUUAAAUAUACUUCAAGCUGUUUUUAGGAAAUUUAUAAGAAUCAACUACUAAUUAUUUAAAUAUAAUGGGUAGGAAUAUCUAUUUUUUUAAUUGCAAUCAAAAUUUCUAAAUACAAAACUGCCAUCUAAGUUGUGGUGAAUGUGAUGGUCCUACUAAUCAAGAUUGUUUAUCUUGUUCCUUAGAAUCAAAAAGAGUAUAUUUUCCAUAAUUUAAAUAAUGUUUAUGUCCUUAUAAUACUAUUGAUUACAAUGAUGAAUGUUUAAGUUAUUCAGAAUUAGGCUUUUAGGUAAUUUCAAAUGAAGAAUAAAAUGAAGGAUGUUUAUAUGGACAAUUCGAACUUAAUGGCUCUUGUUAUUAAUGUCCAGGUUAAAUAAAUUCACAAGCAAUAACUUGUUUAGAAUGCGUUUUGAAUCCAAAAGAUUGGUUCAGUGAUCCAUAGUGUGCGACAUAUAUAUACCUAAAUCAGGAUGGAAGUACAUCUGAAAUCAAGGAAUCAUUUCUGUAAAUUGAACCCAAGUAUUUUUUCACUUUUAAUGGUGAAGAUCUUGAAUUAUGCUUGGAAUGUGAAUAAUCUAGCUUAACAAAUUUAGAGAAUAUAGAUUAAAAUAUGGCUGCAAAAUAGCAAUCAUUUAAAUCAUUAUGCACUUCUGAAAGAUCAUAGUAGCAAUGUUAUAAAUGCAGCUUUUCUAAUUGCAAGAAAUGUGGUUAAUUAAUAACAGAAUAAGUUUGUUUUAUAUGUGAAGAAUACUAUGAAUUAGUAGAUGGUCACUGUAACAUCUGGACUAUAGGUGUAUUGAAAGAAAACAAUAAUUGUUUAUCGCCUUAUUAUAUUUCUUCCACAAAAGAAUGUAAAAAAUGCUCUAUUGAUCAUUGCAUAUAUUGUUUCGAAUACGUUUUAGAUAACUUGGAACUAACAACCCUUUACAGGAAGUUCAAAUUGUUCAAUGGAGAUGAUAAUAUUUAAGUGGGAUGUGCGAUGUGUUAAGAUGGAUAUAUUUUUGAUUUUAGAGUAGGAUUAUGUCUAAAAUAAACUCCAAAUAUUGAAUUUUGUCUUAGAAGUUACAUUAGUGAAGAGGGAACAGAAAAAUGUACUUUAUCCUCAAAAUAAGAUUUCUCAGUAGCGAGAGAAAUAGUUAAUUGUGAAAAAUUUAUCUCUAACUGCAUCUAAUGUUUUCUUACUAUGCAAUCAAUUUUAAGAUGCAUUAUAUGCAAAGAAGGUUACACAUCUUCAACCUCUGAAGUCAAUGGUUAAUGUACCUUAAGCAAAUUACCUUAUUAAGUAAUAAGCAUAGAAGGGAAUUCGGUUGAUAAGGAUGUGUGGGUGGAAAGGAUUUAGAGUUUUAUGGGAUCAUAUUUACCUAAUUCAUAUUUUUAUCCAUUUCCAGUAUCAACAUAUUUAAAUACUGAAAUUCCAAUCUAAUGCAAGGAAGGAUAUUCUAUAAUUAAAUUCAGUUUUUGCUCUCAAUAUUGCGAUUCAAAUUGUUAAGAGUGCUAACUGCCUAAAUACUGGAGUAAAUUUUCUUGUAAUAAAUGUCCAUUAAAUUAUUUUAAGCAGAAUCAACGAGUGUAAAUUAAUGGAAUAUGUUAAACAUGCUCUCUUCUUUGUUCCUUCUGUUAAUCUAGAAAUAUUACUGAAAUUACUUAAGCUUCCCCCUAUUUUAUUUCCACAUAGGAUAAUGAAGUAUUUACAAAAAAAUGUUACUUACCUGCUUAAGAUCCCAAUAUUAAAAUUUAACCUAAAUAAUUAAGUCCUCAAUAUUGUUUGGAUAAGAGUUGCAAGAAUAAUUUCUUGUAUUAAUACUACGCUAUAUCUUGCGUUUAAAGGUGGUUUCUCACCGAAAAUGUAUUAAAUUAAGCCAAUAUAAAAUACUUAAACUAAGUUGGUGUUCAAAAAUUUAUUAUUCAACUAGAUCUUCCUAACACUAAAUUUGACUGCAAUAUUGGAUUUGAUAUAGAUGCCUAAUUUCUUAGAUAACAAUUAUUUUCUUUAUAAGAAACUAAACUCAUUAUUAAUAACAAUAAUGGAUAUUUUAACCUGGGAUUUGGAAAUCUCUAUUAUUUUCUAAAUUUUGAUAUGUUUGAGAUUUUUAACUCAACUAUGGAUUUUACUGACUUUUCAUUAAACUUUGGAGAUACUAAGUUGAAGCUUAAAAUGAAGGAUAUUUUAUUUAUUGGAAGCAAUAUAGAUUAAAGUUCUCUGUUUCUUAAUUCAAAUUAAUUUAGUGAGGUAGAGUUAGUAAACAUUACAAUUAGGAAUGUAGUGUUUUCUUCAUAUUCAUUUAUCCACUUAGAUUCCUUAUAGUUUAGUAGUUAAUUACGCAUUCAAAGGCUAUUAAUCUAAAAUUCAACAUUUGUUAACUCCAAUUUAUUUUUGAUGAUAAACACGUAAUUGUCUAUUCAAAUUUAAGAACCACAAAUUGAAAACUGCACUCUAAUUAAUUCAUCAAUCAUUAAUUUAUAAUCGAAUCUAUUCUUCAUUAAAUAUCAACAGUAGUUAUCAAGAAUUGUCUAUUAAAAUACUAAUCCUACUUAUUAUAUUUUUUUGGGUUAGCCAAGCUGGAAAUUGCAAACCUCUCUGUUUAUGGGAAUUCUUUAUAAAAUUCUACUUUUUUUAUGA